AUGAGUGAAAGAGCAUGUAUGCUAUGUGGUAUAAUACAGAAGACCUCCCAAUUUGAAAACAAGGGCUGUCCAAAUUGCCAGGCUAUAUUCGAUGAAGCUAAUGUUACGCCAAUAGAAUGUACUUCUCCCUCAUUUGAAGGGUGCAUAGGUAUGUGUAAACCAAACAAAUCAUGGUGUGCAAAAUGGUUAAGACUAGAUAAUUUCCAACCGGGUCUGUAUGCUAUUAAAGUAGAUGGGAGAUUGCCUGUCGAAGUGGUUGAUAUCUUGCCACAUUAUAUUCCUAGAGAUGGUAGUAAUGUGGACUAA